AUGAAUAAAUACUUAGCUUAUUAAUUUGUUGGGAAAAGUGAUGGUCUUCACAAACUACCUGAUCAUAUUCAAAAGAUAAAGAAAUCUCUUGGUUUUGAAGAGAAGGAAAGAAGAGUUAUAGAAGAAUUGAUACCUCAAUUGAAAUAAAGAAUAAGAGCACAAUCUAUUCCUGAGAAACCAAUUCCAAAAUAGAUCCAUAUCAAUAAUCUUUCCAAAAAAUUGGCUCAUUUGAAGUUAGAAUAUGAUAAAAUUAAUGUUGAAUUAAAUAAGCAUUAAUCCUUUAGAACAUAAAUUACAAAUCCAAAAACAAGUUUUGAAUAGCAUUUCUUUUAGGUUGAAUAAUAGAUUCAUAUUUGGGAGGAGUAAAAAUCUAAACUCUCUGAAUAAAUUAAACAGAUUAAAAAGGAACUAUUCUUCUUAGAAAAUUAAUCAGAUACGUAUACUUCAAAAAAAAUAGUUACAAAUUAAUCUGUUUUAUUGAGUGAAUUAGUCACCAUUGAAAAAAAGAUACCUACUCCUUCCAAACUCCCUAAAAUAUUAAACUAAGAGAGUCCUAUGUACACAUAACCUAAAGCAUUUCAUUCAGAUGUUAAAAUGAUAAAUAAUACAAAUGAUUCUAAUUUAAUUGAUUUAUUAGAAAGUGAUGAGGAUUAGGAUUUACGACCAAGAACAAGGGUCACAAAAAUUAAACAAAAAUAAUCACCUACUUUAGAAUAAAUAAUUAGUUAAUUAGAUUAGUUUGUUGUAAAGAAUGACAAAUUAUAACCUCAUAAAGAAGCAUUAAGACAAUUUAGAUUAGCUUAGUAUGAGAAAUAUCUAAUGAAGAUACCCAAUAUCUAAAUGAAUAAUACCUAUGAUUUGAAAAGAUCGUUAACAAACAAGAGAAUUAAAAAUAUAAAGUAUGGAUUUGCCACUGUGUUUUUUUGUUUCUGCUUAAUUAAAUAAACCAAAAUUUCUCAAUAAAGAUAUUAGUUAAUCAGUUACUCUUAUCAUUAGAAUAAUUAUUAAAAAGCAAACUAGGAGGUUUUAUUUUUUGUUAAUAACGUGAUAGCAAAAUAGAUUUUAUUCAAAUUUAGUCGCUUGUAAUAACUUUAGAAAGCAGAGAAAAAAUAGCAUAAAAUAAUGAUUCCAUUAAUAGCAGAAGAGAUUGUUAGAGAAAUUUUGUAGAAAUUGACAAAUUAAAAGUUUUCAAAUUAAUUCUACGUGUUCUUAAAUUCUAUAUCAGAGGAAGGAUUUUACCCAUUAUAAAAUUAUCACAGUGAUAUCAUCAAGUCAAGAUUUUAGAUAUCAAAAUAUUUUUCAUAUUUGUUAAAAGAGUGUAAAAAGAUUGUUUUUUUUGAAUUUGUUCUAAUUAAAAAUAUUAUCUUUUAUGGACUGAUCUUUAAAGCUAAAGAAUUAUUUGGUUAAUUAAAAAUAGAUGCAGAUAAUGAAUUGAUUAAUUCUGUUACCUUAAUUUUACUUGAACUAUUCUUAAGAACUCUACAAUCUGGAAUUAUAAAUGUUAAUUUAAAACACUUUAGUUAUGCCUUAGCAGAUGGACCCUACAUAUAAAAGUAUUUGAAGGAAUUGGAUCUUAUAAAAAUGAAGGUUUUAACUACUUUAUAAAUAGAUGACAUGAUGAAACCAUUUAUUUAAAUGAUUGAAAAAUAAUUUAUAAAUUACUAACAAUGA